AUGAAGGUAUCAUUUUCGUUUACUUCGCUGCUGGCACUCUCUUCUCUGGCUACAGGCUCUCUUGCCAGCACCUUCCAGUCUGCCAAGUGGGCUGCAAUCCCUCCUGACUACAACACUGCCUUGCAAUUUUUGGCCAACAUCUCGCCUGAAGGUGCUUCACCUGGGGCUGUUGGCGCCGCGCCCAGCAAGAGCAACCCAGACUACUACUACCACUGGACCCAUGAUGCCGGUACCACCCUCUUGGAGAUCUCCACCUGGCUCAACGGAACAUCUGACGCGUCAGGGUCUGAGGUGUAUAGCAAGAAACUCGCCGACUAUGCCAAUUGUAGCCGCAGCAUCCAGACCAUCGAGAGUCCGUCAGGAAUCGGCACUGCAAAAUUCAUGAUGGAUGGCUCAGCGUUCACUGGAGCCUGGUGCAACCCGCAGCGCGAUGGUGCGGCGAUCCGCGCCAUCUCGCUAAUUAGCUACGCUCGCUGGCUCAUCGAGCACAGCAAGGACGUGUCGCAGUACUAUGAUGGCAAGGACCCAUCUGAGUCGGUUAUCAAGGGUGAUCUUGAGUAUAUCGCAAGCAGCUGGAAUGCCGACAACAACGGGUGCGGCAUCUGGGAAGAGAUCCGUGGUAACCACUUCUACACAUGCAUGAUCCAGCGCCGUGCCAUGAUUGAGGGCGCGCAGUUUGCGGCUCAAAUGGGCGACACUGGCACUGCCUCCAUGUACGAAUCCCAGGCUGUGCCUAUCACUGGCAAUAUGACCAGUUUCUGGAACAACGACAAGAACCUGAUCUUGCCAACCAUCAACAGCAACGGGGGUGUCAACAAACCGGCCAAUAUUGAUUCACAAGUGCUUCUGGCUGCGCUACAUGCUUCCUUGGGUGAUGGAUUCUACAUUGUCGACUCUGACCAGAUGCUAGCUUCAGUUGUCGCCAAGACUAACGCGUUCAAGCCGCUGUACCCGAUCAACACUGAUACUGAGGCGACAGCCAGCUCUGCUACAAUGCCAAUUGCUGUUGCGCUUGGCCGCUACCCCAAGGACGCACACAAUGGCUACAACUCUGGACAACAAGGAAACCCGUGGUCGCUGAUCACCUCAGGUAUGGCGGACUACCACUACCGCCUGGUUGAAACCUGGUCCACAGCCGGCAAGGUUACCAUCACCAAGGCGACAGGGACAUUCUUCAAUCAGAUGAAGGAAUUUUAUGGAAUCGCGUUUACCAAUGCGUACGAGGUUGGUGCCACGCAUACCAGUGACUCUGACACAUUUGGUGGGCUCCUGGCCAACACCAUACUGUCAGGCGACCGUUAUAUGGUACAGGUUGCCCACCAUACGGAUGCAUCGGGAUUGAUGACCGAGCAAUGGCUGUGCGGCGAGGGGACCCCAACUGGCGCUCCGAAUCUGAUCUGGUCGUUCGAGGCACAUACUUCCGCAGCACAUCACCGUACAGCUGCAUCGCGGAUUGUGUAUGGCAACUAAGCCUGCU